GGACUACUGCCUGCCACUGCUGAUGUUUGUUGCGUGUUGCGUUGUGUUGGACAUUCCAUCCUAGAAACUAUUCUUCUACACUACUAACAAACAAAUACUAAAGAGAGUUCUGAUAUUGUUGCGGGUUGCAUAUUGAAGCUGGGGGUAUAACAUAUUGUUUUUUUAUUUGUGAAAGGAACAAGGACAAUAACUCAAUCAGUGAAGUGGAGGAAGAGAGGAGAUUUUUCUUUAAAAUAAUUAAUUGUACUCUAAUUUGAGCCAUUGCUCUUAGAUGUUUAAUCUUGUGGAUAAUAACUUAUAUUAUUAACUUUUUAUACAAAAGUGAGUGUUUCUUUUAGUGUCGCUACAGAUGAGAAGCGUUGUUGAAUUUUAACGAAUUAAUAGUGGAAGUUGGGAAAUGGGCUUCCGAUAUUUUGUUUGUUUACAUAUGUAAGAGACUACAUAAUUAUAGGCUAUAAAAAUUAAAAGUUGCCAAUUAAGUGGGGGGUUUAUUCGAAAAAUUAAAGUAAUGGCCGGAUUUACAGAAAGUGCACUUUCCAAGAAAUUAGACGAUUUAAAUGCAUCACAACAAAGUAUCCAAACUUUGUCUUUAUGGCUAAUACACCACAGAAAACACCAUGAAGCCAUUGUCAAGAUGUGGGCCAAAGAAAUUCAGAAAGGAGAAGAAGGUAGGCAGCUGACGUUGAUGUACUUGGCUAACGAUGUCAUCCAGAACAGCAAAAAGAAGGGACCAGAAUACGGGAGGGAGUUUGGGACUGUGCUGAGAAAGGCUUUCGAAGUUGUCGGUCAGAAAAUGCAAGGAGAGAAGACAAAAAGAAGUAUAAACAGGCUACUGGACGUAUGGGAGGAGAGAGGCGUUUAUAGCAAGUCACAGAUAGCAGAUUUUCGCAGAGCAUUCAAUUCAAGUUUAGAAGAACACUUAUAUGUUUUUGGUCAGCCUAUUCCCGAGCCCCUUCAGAAAAUUCUCUCAGGAAAUGAGGUGAAAGAAGAUACUCCUCCGCCAAAGAAGAAAUCACGCGCCAGCAAUGGCGUAUCACGACGUAAGCCUGAGAAGGCGGUUGAGGUAAAGGUGGAAGGGAAGAAGGAAGUGCGGGUGACUCUGUCUCCACAGGCGCCGGCGGGAGACCCGCCUGAGCCGGAGGAACUAAUCAAGGCCUUGCAAGAGCUGGAGAACUCUGCGUCAAGUGAUGCCAUCGUGAGGGAGAAGAUCGCCAGUCUACCACCAGAGGUCUCUGAGGUCAACCUGCUCGCUAAACUAGAAGACCGGGGGGCAGCUGAGAGGUUGGCGGCACAGGUGAACGAUGCUGUGACGUUACUCUCAGAGUACAACACGAGGCUAGCCAACGAAAUGGAAGACCGGCGUCGUGUUGCACAGAUGUUACGUGACUUUACUCAGGCGCAACGCGACCUUCUGACUCAGGCUGAGAACACACUAGAGGAGUAUAUGGAAAAGCUGCAAAAGGUGAAACAAGUUCGGCAGGAAGUGAGGUCACACAUGCGCAACCUGCCAGACAUCACACAGUCCACCACUGGGGGGUUGGCGCCCCUGCCCUCUGCUGGGGACCUGUUCCGGCUGGGUUAAUACCACCUGUAACACAAGUCAAGCCAGCAAUGCCUUACAGUACUGCACUUGCAACAAUCCACGUCAUUCUAGACUUGAGUCGCUUUUUGUUUUAUUUUUUAGUGUAUUUUCUCAUGUUUGUUACUGUUUUCCUAUUCAAUUUAGUGAGUAUUACUGUGGACAAUAUAUCGGAUCAUGUUCUACACCGCUAUGUAUAAAGAUUCUAUGUAUAUAAUGAAUGUUACGUAUUGAAUAAAAUGUUUUUGUUGGUGAAAAUAAAUUGAUAAAAGCACUACGUAAAAGCUUUUGGGA